GCGAAGAGAAAAAAGGUGGUUGAAAUAUGGAUUUGGAUAGCAAAAUUUCUGCCCUAAAAGAUUUUACUUCCUUUGGAUCGUCAUCGAAAAAUGACUCAUCUUCCUCACGGGUCAAUCAAAGUUCAAAUUCUUCUUCCUCGAAUGGAUGGGGAAAUUGGAUUGCUAAAGGGGAGAAGGACCCAUUUUUACCCUCUUUGUCUAAAACACAACGUAUCACAGGUUUCUUUCUGUUGCUGCUGUUAGGGAUCUUCUGCUUUGUAAUGGCUGGUCUUAUUGCACCUGUUAUGCUGUUAAAGGCAAGAAAAUUUGUCCUUCUCUACACAAUGGGAAGUUUGUUUACCAUAGGAAGUUUUUCUUUACUCUGGGGUCCAGUCAAUCAUGUCAAACAUCUGUGUUCACUUGAAAGGCUUCCUUUUACUGCUGCUUACUUUGGAUCAAUGUUUGCAACACUUUACAUGGCCAUGAUUGUAAAGAGUACAUUGUUGACAGCAGUUUGUGCUUUGGUCCAAAUUCUUGCCCUAGUAUGGUACUUUGUCAGCUAUAUUCCUGGUGGGACAACAGGCAUGAAAUUUUUUACCAAGCUUUUCUCAUCUGCAGUAACAAAAACAGUUUCUAGCACCCUUCCUGUCUAGAAAUGGAUAUUUUUUGGUCAGCUUGACACCCUGCCCCAGAGGUAGUAAACGGACUGCAGAUUAGGAAUUUAAUUUGUCCGAUGAUAUGCAAUUUCACCAACGGAGCAUGGUCAGGGGGUUGCUAUGGCAAAUUUGGUACGUGAGAUGUCGGUAUUAUGGAUGGAAAGAUGGCUGCUGACCGACAAGAAGGCAUGUUUACCUAGCCUAACUUUCAAGUUGAGGGCUGUUGGUUACUAAGGUCAAUAACUUCCCUGAGCGUGGAAGUCAGACGAAUACCCUCGUGAAAACUGCGUCAAGAUGACAAAGACUCAAGAAAAGUGUAAUUUGAACGAGGCCUGGGGUUGAAUUUCAGCAGAUGAUGUCUAUCACGCAUAAAGGUCAUUCACCAUACACGUGUCACGUCCGCCAUUUAGCUCAUCGCUAAGUUGCAAAGUAUUUACAAACGAUCUAGAUCUGGCGGCGGCUGCAAUACCGGUGACUUCGUACAAA